UAUAUCUAUGGCAUAUCUUUAUGGUCAUAUUAUCGUUAAAUUGGCAUCAACGAUGAAUUCGUAAAGUGAACUUUGAACCGGUUACUCAACAAUUGGAAGACAAUUAGAUGCAGCGUGACGAGAAACGUGCAGCGUGUUUGAUAUUUCCCCGAUAAUAACACGCUCGAUAUUAAAUUAUCAUUCGUAUGUACAGAUCUGUCAGUCGGUCCCGUCGAGACAUAUCAUUUAAUUCCUACCACGAUUAUAUAACACGAUAAUCCGUACAAGAAACAACAAAAUCGAGCUAGUAAGUUAUCAAUGCGUACGUCGUAACAAUAUUCACACCGAUACAGACCUUUGUUCGUUUCUUAUUUGUAUUUUUCCAUCUGCUCUGCGUAAACAACUGAGAAACUGUCUUGAGACGUUACGUUCAUCGACCGUACACGUUAUUUUAGGUUAAAAGACAUGCUCCUUGCACGUAUGUACGUUUUAACUUUUAAUCGAAUUAAGAUCGAAUCUUUUAACUAUUCACGAUAAUCGAAUUAAAAAAAAAUACAAUUUCUAACCACAUUCCGAACCGUUGGUUUCCAAACUUUCUGAGAACAUUUCUGAGCUCGAUGAGACAAAUGGUAAGUUUAAAAUAAACUGCACUUCGUUCUGAGGGACUACAAAUUACGAUGUAUUUUAAAUCCAGAAAACGUCAUAAUAUUUGGUUUCCCGAAACAAAACGUAACCGAGAAUCGCAUUUUGCGCGGGAGUCCUUAUCGUCGAAUCUCAUUUCGUCGGAAGAAACGACGUCGUUCGAAAGUUCCCUAGACCGUGUGUUGGUUACUUUCGUGACGUCACGUUUGCUAUUCCAGAGCGGGCGAUGUGGUGGGAGAUCGUAACAACGAAACACACGGCAAGUUUGUGCGCACCGCCCCGUUAACUGAUUGCGACUGAACGCCAAUUGACCGGUUCAUUUAGCUUGUCACUCGAAGCUUUUGAGACGGCAUCUCGUGGAUCCGGGGCGUUGUACCGAAAAUGACACUCAAAUUGUAAACAGCCGCGACAGAAUAGCCGUAUUCCCAUUCCCUCGUUCCCGGGCAGCGCGAUAAACAACGCUGACAUGAGUCGGUCGUUGCAGGAGCGUGAUUCUAGGCGGAAAUAAUGGUGCGUUAGAUAAGAAGUGUUAAUCGCUCGAGUAAUCGCCGUGGGGAGCAAUGGAAGAUGAACAACCGGCGAGAGAGGCGAACAAGAUCUGCGGUGUUUGCGGCGAUCGUGCACUCGGUUACAAUUUCAACGCGGUGUCGUGCGAAAGCUGCAAGGCUUUCUUUCGAAGGAACGCUUUGAAAAACAAGGACUUCCGUUGUCCGUUCACAGAGAACUGUAACAUCACACCGGUGACGAGACGCUUUUGCCAGAAAUGUCGUUUAGACAAGUGCUUUAGUAUUGGUAUGAGAAAAGAGUAUAUUAUGUCAGAGGAGGACAAAGUAUUAAAGAGGCAGAAGAUCGAACAAAAUCGUGCGAAAAAACGACCGCCAUUGGACAGCGCGAAGCCGUCGCAAUCUAAAAAAGGUUGCUUGGACGAGUGCAGUUUCGACGAUACCUCUAUGUCGAUUAACUCGGUCGCGUCGACGGUGUCGGAUACGUAUUUCUGGGAGUCGGAUAGAAAAUAUACAGAUUUAGAUGCUAGCAGGCAGAACGUGACGGAAAGCAUGAGUCCUGUGACAGCCGCGAGCGUACCAAGCCCUUCUAGUCCACCGGAAAAUGGAACCAUAACUGGAUCGAAAACCCUGGACAUGAUGAAGGAUUCGUCUCACAGCUCUAAUUCUACCUUCGACAAUUACGAUCAGUCUUCUUUGCAUCAGGAAGAAAACGAGACCGACAUGGAACAAUUGAGAAUGAGUACCAACUCUCACAUGCAGAGUCCGCAGAGACUCGACAAGGUUAAGUCUCUGUCUCACAGUUUGGAGAAGAACAAGAACUCUGUAGGAAGCUCGAGAAAGUUCGAGCAGAACGUGUUAGUCUUGAAGUCAGAGUUCUGUCCUGCGAGCAACGAAACGUUAAAAUAUUCGAGCGAGCUCGACGACGCUUGUAAUUACCAUAAAUUCGAUCACAGUCCUGUGCAGAAUCCCACGUACGUGGAUACCGCGUCGCACAGUACAAAACCGAAUUUCGACGAGAACCCCGAGUUGCAUGUAAAUUUGCAGGCCUGCCCGGAGGAGACGGUCGCGUGUCAAAAACCGAGCAAGGAAUCGUGUCCACGCGAAGACAAUUUAAUUGCCAAAUUCGUUCAGGAUCCGACGCUAGUCACGAAGCUUGUUAAUAAUUCAAAUUUCAUUGCAAAGAUAUGUCAGAACCCGGAGAUACUGUUGAAGGUGAUUACGGACUCUGAAUUUAUGAGCAAGUUAGAAGAGGAUCCACAGAUUUCGCAGUUCCUGAACGAGAACAGUGCCAUUGCCGAAAGAGAGACAAAGUCUGAGAACGACGCCAAUAUACAAUUUAAAGACGACUCGAAGCCCGCCAGCAUUUCAAACCAAAUAUUCAAGCAGACGUUUAAGGUUAAACAAAGGCACAUAGAAAAUCCAAUUUUAACGGACUUGAUUAGAAACUCGAAUCAAGAGGAAUGUGUGAAGCAACACGCAGAGCCUGGUAGCAGUGGUAGCAGUGCUAGCAGUAGCAGUGACUGGAACAAAAGUAUAACUGAUGUUACGAGGGAUGUGCUUCAAGAUGUACAAAGGGUGCCCAUAGUUGCUAAUUCCAUAGAGUCGAUUUUGUGCGAGGCGAUUAUGUUGGAAUUUUCUGCGUAUUCAGCACUUGGUGGUAUAGAGUCCAGAAAGGAAUUGAACGAUGUAGAAAGAGCAAAGUUGAACGAAUUGAUAGUAGCCAACAAAGCAUUGCUAGCUCCCUUGGACGAAGAUAUAACAAAUUUAAUCGGAGAAGACUGUAAAUUUAAGAAUAAUUUUGGCCAAUCCUAUCCGGCUCUGUUGGAUGUUAUAAAUCUAACUGCCAUUGCCAUUAGACGGUUGAUAAAGAUGGCAAAGAAGAUAAACGCGUUUAAAAACAUGUGUCAGGAAGAUCAGAUAGCUCUUCUGAAAGGGGGUUGCACGGAGAUGAUGAUUUUAAGAUCAUCUCUUAACUAUGACGCUGAGAAGAACAUGUGGUGGAUACCGCAUAGCCAAGAGAGUAUGUCGAAUAUCAAAGUGGACGUAUUGAAAGAAGUAAAAGGGAAUCUGUAUGCAGAGCAUGCAAGAUUCAUUAGAAGCUUCGAUCCGAGGUGGAGGGACGAGAAUAUUAUUUUAAUAUUAAGUGCAAUUGCUUUGUUUACGCCGGAUAGGCCGAAAGUGGUGCAUAACGACGUGAUUAAACUAGAGCAAAAUUCUUAUUAUUAUUUGCUCAGACGUUAUCUGGAAAGUGUAUAUCCCGGCUGCGAGGCUAAGUCUAUGUUUCUAAAAUUAAUUCAGAAAAUUUCCGAACUUCACAGACUAAACAACGAAGUUGUCGGCGUUUAUCUGAAUCUGAAUCCAUCGAGAGUAGAACCGCUUCUUAUAGAGAUAUUCGAUUUGAAACAUUGAUCGAACCG